AUGGGGAAAGUGUCCAAGGCUACUAAGAAGUUCCAGAGUAAACACCUGAAGCAUACUCUGGACCAUAGAAAGCAACUGAAGCAACACAACCAAAAGAUAAAGGGCCGCAGAGGAAAUAAGAGUGAAGAUGAGAAGCGGGCGCUGGCAUUGAGCAAGGAGGAGCAGAAAAUCAAGAAGUCGACAAAGGAGGAGGUAUUUAAAGAUAUGAGCGUGGAAAAGUUCUUUGAGGGUGGAUUUGAGCUGCCAAAGGCCGACAAGAAGCUCAAGCAGGCGGCGCAGAAGCCGGAUGACGACGGCGACGAGUCUUCCGAGGAGGAGGACAUGGAGCAGAACAUGGCGGAGCUUGCGGAGAAGGAUCCGGACUUCUACAAGUAUCUGCAAGAGAACGAUAAGGAGCUACUUGGGUUCGGCGCUAGUAAUCCUCUGGAUGCAAUGUCAGACGACGAAGAUGAGGAGGGCCAGUCGACACGCGGGAACGACGAUGCCGAGGAGGGCGAUGAGAAGGUUGUGGUAUCUUAUAAGUUGGUGAGCCAGUGGAGAAAGGGCCUUGCUGAAAAUCCGACUCCCAAGUUGAUCCGGAACGUGUGUUCCGCGUUCAAGGCGGCGGUCAAUGCGAACCAGGAUGCAGCAGCAGAUCUGUACAAAUUCGCCGUAACCGACGAAAAGGCGUUCCACGAGCUGAUGUUUGUUGCGCUGAAGGACAUCCCGCAGGCGGUGCAGAAAUUAGCUGCUUACAAGGUGAACAAGGGCGUGCGGACACUUCCUUCCAAUAGCACCGUGAGCCGUCUGUCCUCAAUUAUGAAAUCACAUGCGGGAUCGCUGCUCACGCUGCUCCAUGACAUUACGAACACAGAUACUGCUGUUCUGGUGCUACACUCUACGGACCAGCUCAUGCCCUAUUUCUUGUCAUACCGGAAGGUGCUAAAGGAUAUUGUGAGCGCCAUCGUGGAGGUAUGGUCCACCACCCAGGACGUUGAAACACAGGCAGCUGCUUUUGCAUUCAUCACCAAUGCCGCGCGGGAAUUCAAGAAGUCAUUGCUGGAGCUAGUGCUGAAAACCACGUACUCCUCCUUCAUAAAAUUCUGCCGUAAAACCAACGUCCACACUAUGCAUUUAAUCAAUUUCCAGAAGAACUCUGCAGCUGCGCUAUUCGGUAUUGAUGCUACCGUCAGCUACAACAUUGGUUUUGAGUACAUCAGACAACUCGCAAUCCAUUUGAGGAACUCCAUCAAUGCUACUACUAAGAAGACCGCGAAGUCGUCUCCCGCAGACGCUUACAAGAUCGUGUACAACUGGCAAUUCUGCCACUCGCUAGACUUCUGGUCGCGUGUCCUGGCCUUGCAAUGCUCUCCUGAAAACGAUCGCACUCAGGACUCCCCAUUGAGACAGCUGAUCUACCCGUUGGUACAAGUGACACUUGGAACGCUGCGCUUGAUCCCAACUGCACAAUUCUUCCCUCUCCGCUUUUACUUGACCCGGUCGCUGCUCAGAAUUUCUCAGCACACAGGCGUCUACAUUCCAAUCUACCCUCUUCUUUCGGAGAUCCUAUCCUCCACGGCCUUCACCAAAGCCGCCAAGAAGUCUACCCUUACUGCCUUUGACUUCGACCAUAACAUCAAAUGCAACAAGGCCUACUUGGGCACCAAGAUCUACCAGAAUGGUCUAAUCGAGCAGUUUGUCGAACUACUCGCGGAAUUCUACGUCAUAUACGCCAAGAAUAUCUCGUUCCCAGAGCUGAUCAGUCCUGCCGUCGUAGCGCUGCGCCGCUACAUCAAGUCAUCCAAGAAUAUGAAGUUCAACAAGAUGUUGUCUGUGGUGAUCGAGAAACUGAACCAGAACGCCGACUUUAUCUUGGACAAGCGUGCUGGUGUUGAUUUCGGUCCAAAGAACAAGGCUGAGGUCGACAGAUUCCUAGCAGAUCUUCCUUUGGACGCUACUCCAUUGGGCAAGUAUGUGUCUGUGCAACGUGAAAUCAAGGAAGAGCGCGCAAGGAUCAUGAGGGAAUCCUUGGAAGAGGAUGACAAGAAGUCCGACGAUGAAGGUGACCUGUCUAUUCCAGAUGCGCCUUCCUCUGAGGAGGAUUAG